AUGGCGGAUAUAGGUUUUCUGGAUGAAGAUGAACCUGCAGAGACGGAGGAUGAGCUGGAGGAGCUUGGCUCCCUCAUUUCCUUCGCCAACUUGGAGCAUGUCGUCAAGCACAUCAUCCGGAAGUUCAAGUCUCUGGAGGCAUAUAACGAAAGCAACGAUGCCACGAUCAAAAGCCUCAAGGGAGAGCUAGAGGUGCGUGCAACCAUCACCGGCUUGGACGAGGUGGUGACGGAGCUGAACCAACGCAUCGAGCAGCAGCAAGAGCAGCUGUAUCUCACGAAGGAGAACGUCACCUCGUCUGAGGAGGCGAUCGACAGACUCAAGGGAACCCAGACACAGUUGGAGAAAAAGCUCGACACGGUCAUCAAGGAGAAGGCUGUCCAGGACCGCCUUAUCCGCGAGACCCAAGACGCUCUCCUGGACAAAGUGUCUUUGGCGGAGCUGAACAUGUUUGAGGCCAAGUUUGCGGGGUACACCACAAAGCUGGAGCACCAGCAAAUCCUCAAUGCCCUGAGUGACUAUGCCACCCUCGACGUUGCGGAGCGGAUAGCAGAGAACAUGAAAGUGCUGUCGACUCGCUUCGAUGACUAUACCCGGACCGCAAAGCUGGAGCAGCAGCUGCAGGAAGUUCGCGACUGGGUUGGCGAUGAGCUGCAGAACUAUGCAAAAGUUGCCCAAACCACGAUGCGGAUAGAAGAGCUGGCCGUCCACAUCAAGGAGCAGUCUUUAGUGUUUGACCAGGUGUAUGCCUCCAACAAUGACCAGUUGCGAGGCCUGUCCGACCGCAUCACCUCCAUGUAUUCGGAGUUGGCCAACGAUCUUCAGCAAAGGGCCAUGUAUGAUGACUUGCAGCAGACGAAGAACAGUCUUCAGGACUACGCGCUUCGAAAAGAAACUGAUGCAUUUCAACAGGAUUGUGUGCCCAAGCUGAAGUUCUGCGUGGCGUCCAUCGAGGCAUUCGACCGGCGGCUGGGGCAACAGGAUGAUGCCAUUCAGCGCGUGGAUGAGGUUCUCCUGGACAAGGCCGGGAAAUACGACAUCGUCAUCAUCAACUCUCGAAUCGAGCAGUGCUUGCAGAAGGAAGCUGCCAUGAAAGAGUUCCAUGGGAUGUACGACAAGUUGGAGAAAUUCAACAAAAGGUUUGACGAGUACAUUGAGCAAGAAAGCGCUCGGCUGGAUGAAUUCCGGCCCCCAGACUAUGGCCCGAUGUUUGAGGACUUGAAUCAGAAAGUAGCCCUCAAGGCUGACAAGGCUGACCUAGUCGAGAUGUACCAGCUUAAGGCGAAUCGAAUCGAUGCAGACGAGCUGGCCAAGCUCCAGGAUACCAUACAUCGGCAGCUAGAAUACCUGAGCGUGACGACCUUCGGUCUGUCCAAGCUCUGCCUAGCGGAGGCUAAGCAGGGCGAAUCCAAGACAUUGCGAAUGCAACAGCGCACCCAGGCGAUGUGA